UGGGAGAUGGUAUGCUCACAAUUGACUAUCUCUAUAAUAUGAACAGAGAUGACUUUACCACGAUCAGGGCAUUCGCCAACACGUUCGAAAAGACAGCCGAGAGGGUCCCGGGACUGUCGGAAGAGAUGCAGUGCGUCAUAUUCCUAGGGAAGUUCUCUGGGUAUGAGGCGAUGGAACUAAUCCGAAGGGGAGCCGCCGGGAGAAAGACAACCUGGGAAACCAUAAAAAGAAACAUCGUGGCAGGAGACAUGGACCAAGUGUUCCAUCACCAAAUCAAGAUCGAACGAAAUAAAAGAAAGGUUGUGGGGACGAUCCAAGGAACGGGUAGUGUACUAGGAGGAGUGCUGAGCAAUAUGGCAAAUGAGAUAAAAGAGCUUAGGGAAAGAGUGACACCAUCGAAAGUGUUAACAGUGACACAACCGUCAGGAAAGAGAAGAAAGGAAGAGGAAGAUGAGGAGGAAGAGGCAGAAGAUGAAGAAUCAGAAGUCUAUCCGGCAGACCGUCCCAUCACGGCAAUGCACACGCCAAGGAGAUUGGUUCAUAUGAAUGUUGCGCCGCAAGGAUGGACCAAUGCUGUGGCCAUGGUGCAACGGAGCAUGAUUAGGGUUGUGCAGCCAAUCAACCCACAAAUCACCGAGCCGUACAUAGAUGAUCUUGCAGUUAAGGGCCCGAUUGAGAAGGAUGAGUCAGAGAUGGCUCCAGGGGUGAGAAGGUGUGUAUGGGAACAUGUUCAAGGGUUAAGAGAAGUCUUAUCUCUACUAGAAGAGUACAMCCUCACCGCCAGUGGAGUGAAGUCGAGAUAUUGCAUAAAGAAGGUAUCCAUUCUAGGAUACAUUUGCAACGAGCAUGGUCGGCGUCCUGAUAAGAAGAAGACCAAUAAAAUCCUGGAAUGGCCCACUCCUUUCAGAAAUGUGGGUGAAGUUCGAAGCUUCCUUGGUACCUGUGGGUUCUGGAGAAGAUUCAUAGAAAGGUUUGCUAGUAAAACUGAGCACCUAAGGAAGCUAGUCCGGAAGGAUCAGGAAUGGGAAUGGGGAAACCAUCAAGAGGAAGUGGUGGAAGAAUUGAAGAAGGAGUUCAGAGAGGGAGGUCUAGUACCAGGGGUACCGGACUUUGAUGCGACUAUGGAAAGGCCCUUCAUAGUUGAAAUUGACGCUGGACCAACCGCCCUGGGAGGCGUCCUGAUCCAGGCAGACAGUGAAGGAAAGGAGAGGCCGCUGAGGUUUGAUAGCCGAACACUCAACUACACAGAAAGGAAUUACUCGCAGUUCAAGAGAGAAGCCUUGGCGUUCCUGCAUUGCCUAAAGAUCUUUAGACAUUACCUCUUUGGGAGGAGGUUUGUACUCAGGAUCGAUCCUACUGCACUUGUGUACUCGCUCAAGAGCGUGACCCUUGGAAAAGAAAAGGCCAUAGCGCAGAGAGGAGCAGUGGCAGGACCCUCUGGACCUACCUUGAGAAAGGGCGGGCAGAGGGGGGAUCAGAGAGUCUCAAGGAGCCUGAAGGAGUUUCCUAUUUACAAGGCUGGAGACAACCUGCGAAUAUUCCUGCGAGACCUUGAAGAGUACGCGUUCAGGAGAGAAUGGGGUGACAGAGAGAAGAUUGCGAAUGCUGAGGGAGAUGAACAGGAAGAGGAGGAGGCAGCAGAGGAGAAGAAAAGAAGCAUGGGGGCAAGUAUGGUACCAAGAAAGAAGAAACUUGGAAAAAAAAGGGCAAUGAAGAGUGGAAGGGAAGAGGUACAACAAAGGAGGAAUGAAAAAGUGGGAGGAGUGAAGGAAGUUGGAGAAGGGAAGAAGAUCCAGGAAGGAGGCAAUGCUCCUUAGGUCAAGAGGACUGAGGAAAAAUGGCCGAUUGGGGACAUAGAAAGGGAAGAGACAAGUGGGAUAAGAAAGCAGGAAGAUGAGAGGGAUGCCAGGUGGAAAAAUUGAUAAGAGAUAUGGAAGAGAUGAAGGAAGAAAUGAAGGCAUUGAAGAAAGGGAAGGAGGAAUUACAGAAAGAAGUGAGCCAGUUGAGGACCGCCCUGACUAUGAGCGAUAGAAAAUUGGAGAAUGAAGCGGCAAUGAUAGG